ACAGGAUGAGUGGUUGCAAACCAAAUUUCGUUGUACAAAGCUGUGAUGAAGGGGCACGUGAAACUGACCUUUUUAUUUUAAAAGACAGGACCAACAUAAAUUGGCCUCUCUCCGAUUACGCACUAAUUGAGAAAACCUCAGAAGAUUUAUGUAGACAAUAUUGCCUCAAUGAUUGUUUUUGUGCUGUAGCAAUUUACAACAGCGUUGGUCAAUGUUGGAAGAAACAAUAUCCUCUCACCAAUGGGGUGAUAGAUUCCAGCGUAGGGGGAAAAGCUUUGAUAAAAGUAAGGAAAAAAAAUGCAACUGCAUACUCCUGUGUCUUUAAGAAGAGUAAGAGUUCCACUCUGAUCAUUAUCCUAUCAGUUUUCUUAGGCAGUUCAAUGUUCCUACUUUUAUCCCUCUUGUUGUAUGUUCUCUGUUUCAAUCAACAAAAAUCGAAGAGCCUUCAACCAUAUCAAGAUCUUCCAGGCUUGAACAUAAGAAGAUUCAGUUUCAAAGAGCUACAAUUAGCAACAAAUGGAUUCAAGGAGGAAUUGGGCAGGGGCGCUUGUUCAACAGUAUACAAAGGGAUCCUUAAGAACGACAAUAUUGAAACCGUAAUUGCUGUGAAAAAGCUUCAGAAGAUGGCUACAGAAGGCGAACAAGAAUUUAAAGCGGAAGUAAACUCAAUUAGCAGUACUAAUCACAAAAAUCUAGUUCAAUUGCUGGGAUAUUGUGAAGAGGGCCAAAAUCGGGUUUUAGUAUAUGAAUCCAUGGGCAAUGGCUCUUUAGCAAACUUGCUGUUUGAAAAUUCAAGGCCCAACUGGUACAAAAGAAUGCAGAUCGCAUUUGCAACUGCUAGAGGUAUUUGCUAUUUGCACGAAGAGUGUAAAAAUCAAAUCAUACACUGUGACAUUAAGCCUCAAAACGUACUCUUAGAUGAAUCCUUCACAGCAAAAAUAUCGGACUUCGGAUUAGCCAAGCUUUUGAAGUCAGAUCAAUCUAAAACCACCACCGGAAUAAGGGGAACAAAAGGGUAUGUUGCUCCAGAGUGGUUCAGAAACAUGCCGAUUACAGUCAAGGUUGAUGUUUACAGCUUUGGAAUCUUGUUGCUCGAGCUUAUCUGUUGCAGAAGAAAUUAUGAACCAGAUGUUGAGGUUGAGAACGAAAUGAUACUUGCUGAUUUUGCUUAUGAUUGUUACAAAGAAGGAACAAUGCAUUUGCUAGUGGCAGACGAUGAGGAGGCAUUAGGCGACAAGCGAUUUGACAAGUUUGUGAUGAUCGCGAUUUGGUGCAUUCAGGAAGAACCAACAUUAAGGCCUACCAUGAAGAGAGUAAUGCAACUUAUGGAAGGAUCUGUUGAAGUCCCCAUUCCUCCAGAUCCCACCUCCUUUAUCACUUCAGUUUAGAUUCACAUUUUUGUCCCAAUGUAUGAUAAUAAUUUUUAUGAUCUUCGUAUUAGCAUCUAUGUUCAAGUCACUCAUUUUUAAUCUUCUAAUAAAUUUAUUGUAAUAAAGUACUAUGUUGUACUCAA